AUGCUACCCUGUCAAGCGGAUGUGGACUUUCUACUCUCUUCAAGCCACGGGUGGUGGCUAAUCCAGCAACAUAUGAUGGUCCAUCUCCCGAAUUCGAUUGAAAAUGACUUUCAAGGAUUGUUCAAUGUCAACGCUGUCGCGAAGGGGGAUCCGAUUACAAUAGCGAAGCUACUUCUAUGCGUUGCGAUCUGCAUCCAGCAGCUUGAACCUGAGAUUGACAUGAGCAAAUUGCAAAUGAAAUCACCCCCGCGAGAAAUCAUGAGUAGGAUUGUUGACUUUCUCAUCCGAAACGUCACCUCUGAUGACGACAUUACUGGAAGUAUCGAGGGGGCUCUUGCAAUCUCUGAGCUUUUGGGUCUACACAGAGUGGCCGUAAGGACAUCCAAAGAAUCGCCCGAUUUGAAGGAGACCAAACGACAUUAUCUAUUGUAUCAAGUUUCAAGAGGGGAGCGUUAUCUCUCUACGCUUCUCGGUGUACCCUCGGGUACGGGCUCAGGAGUGCUCCCUUUCGACAACAUCGCCGCUUGGCUCUCCCCAGAAGAUCUUUAUCACAAGCAUCUUUACGAUAUAGCAGGUCUCAUUCUUGCUCGCAACCAAGAGGAUUACACUCAUUCCUUCUCCACCACUCAAAUAAUUGGCGAAAAACUUGAGGCCCUCGCAGAACAAAUGCCGUCAACCUGGUGGGAAAUUCCUACCAACAUUCCUCAAAGCCGCACCCUGGAAGCGUCUGUUCAAUUCGAGCGAGUAAUGUGUCAAAUAUGGCACUUCGAAUUAGCGACACUGCUACAUCUUCCCUUUAUGCUACGUGCAGCAAAUACCCGACGAUACGAAUAUUCGCGUAUCUCUUGUCUGGAUGCCUGUCGGAGCCUAAUCAAGAGAUGGGUGUCCAUUCGCGAGACCAAUGGCACUUUCUAUUUCUCCAACCUCCUUGAUUUCGAAGCCUUCACGGCAGCAACCACUCUAUUAUUGGGGCUCUUUGUCUCUCAUGGAAAUAAGAUUCAAGAUGCAUUACAAGAACGAGACGAAGAUUUUGAACUUAUGGAGAUGGUUGUUCGAAACUUCGAAAGGCUUAAGCGACAUGGCUCUCGAGUGUCCGUUGGCGAUCAGAGCAUUUUAGUUAUUCGCACACUUCAAGGGUUUCUUCGUGGGGAAAGAUCGUCUGGUAGCCUGCGUCUAGAGAUCCCGUUCUUCGGAAUUAUCAAGGUUGCACUCAACGGCGCCGUAGAACCAUUGGCGGGUGAGCGGAUCCUCGGGGCAAACACAGGCCACAACAAUUUCUAUACUCGAUCUAAACAAAGAACCAUAUUUUCUUCCAUGGCGAAAGAAAAUUGCACGCCGGAUUUGGAGCCUUGGUCGAGAGUAAAGGGAUUCGAGCAAGGAGUUGCAGCCGGGGGGAAUUCUGCUAACCGUGUCGUCCGGGGACCUGAUACUAUUUUGCAGCCCUCUGGUGGCCACUUGGUACUUCCCGAGUCAUCCGAUAACCAAGAGACCCUUGACGCCAGCGAAUGGUCAUUUUCGCCAGACGAUAUGAUUUUCUUCGACAGUUUGGUGAAUACCGACUUGGCGGGCAACUGGACACUGUGA